AUGUUUUCCAUUCAGGUCGUGUCGGUCGCGUCACAUCUUUCUUCAUUCUAUUCAAAUCUCAAAUACGCUAAAAUGCCAGCGAUUCAAGACUGCGAACUAACCUAUAAUGUUUGGCAAUACAAUGGAAGCAUCUAUGGCCCAUACUCGGCGGAAUCUGUUCUCAAGUUCUUCUGCGAGGGGAAAUUGAAGUUUCCAACAAGACUUCAAAUCACCGAGGCCAACAAAAAAGGAUCAUUUGGAAUUCUUGAAUACUUUGGAACUAUCCAAGACCUUCAAGACAUGUUCGGCACCCAAGACUUUUUGCCGAAGCGAUUAUCGCAAUUCAAGGGGAAAUGGACAUUACCAGAAAUCCAUCCAAACGCGGCAUUAUACAAAUACGAAUCAAACAACUUCCUCACAUUCAACUUAUCCACCUUUUUGAGCAACUUGUCGACAUCCAGCUAUUGUCCAUUCGUGACAGGGAUCAGAGGGGAUUUUCCGGAUGAACAUAUUCUACCAUUGUCUUCUGUUGUCGAGCUGGCAAGACGUAUUCUUGUGGAGUACAGCAACUUGGAGCAAGAGGAGAGACAACUCCUCCAUAUUCUUCUCAGCGAAGUUUUCUCACCGAGAGUCUGUGACGUUUGCCAAAAGGUGAUGGAGGACCAACACAGCUACUUGAUCCACGCCUUGUCUUUGAUCCAUCUGGAGAAUGCUGUCAUCAAGUGCAACAAAAUCUUCACCAUCGAGCUCGACUACCUCAAACUUCGCAAACUUUUCGAUGACGUCAAGCGAUACACAUUCGAACGCAAGCUAAGCCGUCAGAUGAGCAAAAUCGGCACCAACCAACAUGAGCCGUCUACCUCCACUCGUCCCAUUCCCUGGACUCCACCAACCUUUGCUUCUUCUUCUUCCAGCAACCACUACUAUCAAAACUUACCACUCCAGCAGUAA